AUGGCGGCUGCCGAGGCGCCCGGUGGCUCCCGCUCGGAUUCCGGAUCGAGGGUCGGUAGCCUCCACCCACUUGUCCUCGCGUGGAAGAAUCGGCCGCGACAUCCGCCCAGUGCUCUUUGCAGCGCUUGUGGAAGCAGCUUCACCGUGGCCUCGGCAGGUCCCCGAGUUGAACUUCACUGUGGGGAUCCCCUUCAAGAAAAGCCUAAAGAUUCCGGAAUAGUACUAUGUCCUGAUUGUGAGAUUCUCCAACUUCUGAAGUCAGGAUUUGAGACUGAGCUGUCACAAACGGAACCUGUGAAGCUGAGGGAUCUAUUCAGCUUUCAGUCACGGCUGCCCUGGAUUCAACCUGAAAAGAAUACAGCUACUGGGUAUCGUCCACCUAUAUUACCAGAAGAAUCGACAGAGGUUAAUGUUGUAGUUUGCCACAUAAACAAUCCUGAUGAUUUCUACCUUCAGUUGGUAGAAAAUCUAGAUUUUUUACUUUUCCUGAAGAUAAUUAAAGAUGCUUAUGGAAAUGAAUGUGAUGGCGAAAAUCUUGAAAUCCUCUGCCCAGUCCAAGGACAAGCCUGCAUAGCUAAGUUUGAAGAUGGAAUUUUGUACCGAGCAGAAAUCGUUGGCUUGCCAGGACAUCAAGAAGUGGAAGUUAUGAAUGUUGACGUUGGCCGGACUGCAAGGAUAGCACUUAAGGACAUACGUCAAGUAAAGGAUGAGAUUUUUAAUUUCCCAAAAAAGGCAAUUAAAUGCAAACUGGCCAAUAUUGAACCUUCUACCGGUACAGGAUACUGGAGUGUAGAAGCCGAAGAAAAAUUUGUGGAAAUGGGUGACGGCCAAUUUUUGAUUUGUUCAGUUAACAGAAUUUUGGAAGAUAAUGUGCUGUUAGUUGAGCUUUUUCCUUCACCCCAUGUUCCUGGAUUGAUGACGAAGAGUGUUAAUAGUGAGCUGGUUAAAGGAGGCCUAGCACGUUAUGACCUGGGGCAAGUAUAAGGCUUAUAUCUUGGCCUUAAGGAUAUUUAGCCCAGAUGUUUUUAUUAAAGCAUUAAACUAGUAUACUUUCCUUUAGUAUCA